UCGCCAGGGAAACGCGGAUUUGUUUUAUUUUUUGUAUUUUUUGUUCGUUUUCGUCGUUAAACUCGUCGCUGGGAGAUGUUUCCGCCGCCGCUGUUGUUGUUGUGAUGCUGCUCCGUGCGUAAAGGCGCGCGGAGGAUGCGUCGUUGCCUGGAAACCAAACCGGAGCGAGGCAGAAACCAGAGCGAGAUGUUCCUGCAGGUGGAGCUGUGUUGAAGCCGUCAUGCCCUGCUCCUGCGCUCAGUGGAGGAGGUGGAUCCGGCCCCUGGUCCUGGUCCUGUACGUGCUCCUCCUGGUCGCCCUGGUCCCGCUCUGCAUCUGGGAGCUUCAGAAGGACAAGGUCGGGACUCACAGUAAAGCCUGGUUCAUCGCUGGAGUCUUCGUCUUCCUCACGAUUCCCAUCUCCCUGUGGGGAAUCCUGCAACAUCUGGUCCACUACACCCAACCAGAGCUUCCGAAGCCCAUCAUCAGGAUUCUGUGGAUGGUUCCGAUCUACAGCCUGGACAGUUGGUUGGCCCUGAGGUACCCGAGCCUGGCGAUCUACGUGGACACCUGCCGCGAGUGCUACGAGGCCUACGUCAUCUACAACUUCCUGAUUUUCCUGCUCAACUUCCUGAGUCACCAGCACCCGAACCUCGCCAUGAUGCUGGAGGUUCAACAGCAGCAGCCCCACCUGCCCCCCCUCUGCUGCUGCGCCCCCUGGCCCAUGGGCGAGGUGCUGCUGUUCCGGUGUAAACUGGGCGUGCUUCAGUACACGGUGGUCCGACCCGUCACCACGGUGAUCGCUCUGAUCUGUCAGCUGUGUGGAGUUUACGACGAGGCAAACUUCAGCUUCAGAAACGCCUGGUCCUACCUGGUCAUCAUCAACAACAUCUCCCAGCUGUUUCGUCUCGAUACUGAAGCGUCAGACGUGACUCAGACGGUGGCUUUAACGUCAGGGUCAUUUGUGUGGUUUCAGUUUGCCAUGUACUGCCUGGUGCUGCUGUAUCGAGCUCUGAAGGAGGAGCUCACGCCCAUCAGGCCCGUGGGGAAGUUCCUCUGCGUCAAACUCGUCGUCUUCGUCUCCUUCUGGCAGGCUGUUGUGAUCGCGAUUCUGGUGAAAGUCGGAGUGAUUUCGGACAAACACACGUGGGACUGGGAGAGUGUGGAGGCCGUGGCCACAGGACUCCAGGAUUUCAUCAUCUGUAUCGAGAUGUUCUUGGCCGCCAUCGCUCACCACUUCACCUUCACGUACAAACCUUAUGUACAGGAGGCGGAGGAGGGUUCGUGUUUCGACAGUUUUUUGGCCAUGUGGGAUUUUUCCGACAUCAGAGCCGACGUCUCAGAGCAGGUCCGGAACGUCGGCCGCACGUUCCUGGGUCGUCCCAAUAAGAUGUACUUCGGCCGCGCCCCCCGACCGGAGCACACGGAGCACACGGGACUCCUCUCCUCCUCGUCCCAGGACGUCCUCGCCUCCGCCGCCGCCGCCGCCGCCGCCGGGACGCCGGGGCCUCAGGGGACGUCUGCGCCCGCCUCACCCGGGGCCAGCGGACGAUACCAGGGCCUGGGACACACCCCGAGCCCCCCACUCCACCUCCCCCCAGUGUGGACGUGGUGGACCUUCAGACGUGACGUGGUGGACCUUGGACAGUGUGACGUGGUGGACGUGACGUGGUGGACCUUCAGUGUGACGUGGUGGACCUUCAGACUGUGGACGUGGUGGACCUUGACGUGUGGACGUGACGUGGUGGACCUUCAGACGUGGACGUGUGACGUGGUGGACCUUCGUGAGUGUGACGUGGUGGACCUUCAGUGUGACGUGGUGGACCUUCAGUGUGACGUGGUGGACCUUCAGACGUGA